CUCACUCGGCCAUAGCCGCCGCCCAUCACCGGCUAUACAAACGACGUCGUCUGGCAAGCACAAGAACCGUGUUCCUGCGUCUCUUGCAUCGUCUCUCGUCUCUUCUCAUUCCUAUCCACAUUCACUACACAAAGCAUUUACAAUGACCGACGUUUCCCAGUACAACGGCAAGUUCUUCCGCGCCACCUCGCCAGUCGAGAAUGUCCUCCUCCUCGAGAUGAACCGUGGCCCCGUCAACGCCUUCCACGAUGCAUUUUGGGAGGAGCUCCAUGCGACCAUUGACCGCGUCUCGCUCGACCCCGAGGUCCGCGUGAUCGUCUUCGCCUCGGCCUUUGAGAAGAUCUUCACCGCCGGCCUUGACCUCAAGGCGACGCACAUCGGCAAGAGCCAGGCGCUCGACGCCGCGCGCCAGGCGUUCGACACGCACCAGCACAUUUCGCGCUUCCAGGCCGCCAUCACAUCGCUCGAGAAGUGCCGCCAGCCGGUCAUCUGCGCGAUCAACGGCAUUGCCGUCGGCCUCGCCAUCGACAUUGCGUCGGCGUGCGACAUCCGUCUCUGCACCGACGACGCGACCAUGGGCAUUCUUGAGGUCAAGGUCGGACUGGCGGCCGACAUCGGCACGCUCCAGCGCUUCCCCAAGAUUGUCGGGAACGGGUCCAAGGCGCGCGAGCUUGCGCUUACGGGUCGCAAGUUCUACGCUGACGAGGCCAAGGAAAUCGGCUUCGUCAGCCAGGUUGUCUCGGGCGGCCGCAAGGGCGUCAUCGACGCCGCGCUCAAGCUCGCCGCCGAGAUUGCCCCCAACAGCCCUGUUGCUGUGGUCAGCACCAAGCACAUCAUGAACCACGCGCGCGACCACGGCGUCGACGAGGGACUCGCGUACCAGGCGGCAUGGAACAUGGGCAUGCUCCAGACCAAGGACACGCAGGUCGCGAUGAAGGCGCAGCUGGCCAAGCAGUCGCCCCGCUUCCCCAGCCUCGGUGCGAAGCUCUAAAUUGAAAAUGAAGAUAUGUAGAGAGACGCGUUUAGGUCGGCGUGGCGGAUCGAUGUAAACAUGGGAACUGGAAUAGCGUGCGUGCGCCCCAAGCCGAUGCGGAAGACGAGGAACGGAGGGCGAACCUUUAAUAGAUAACGGCGCGUUUGCGUGACUUGUCAUGUACAGCACGCACAGUACGAGAACGGGCAGCGAGACAU